AUGGCUGUUGGCUCAUUUGCCUGCCCAACUACCCAACAUCCUCAACCCAAUGCUCCAACAUACGGGACGAGAUGUACUCACUGUGGAAUUCCUAAACACAAUCGGGAAACUUGUUACAAACUACACGGGUAUCCCGAUUGGUGGGAAGGACACAAAGGUCGAAAAGCUGCACUUGGAUAUGGUUGUGUAGCUCUCAUCACCACCGAACCUCAAUUAUCGUUGGCUCCUCAGGCCUCCACCCUCCCUUCGACAUCUUCUGAUGACUCCCAGAUUUUGGGCGACUCAGGUAACUGUGACUUUGUAUUUCAUACUUCUACCUCAAGUCCUACUCCUGGCCGGAUUAUCGAUUCUAGAGCGACUAACCGUAUGACGUUUGAUCAAAAUGAUAUUCUAAGCACCUUUCUUUGCCGCCACACCAGUGUUGCUAAUGCAAAUGGUGCUGCUUAUCCUGUGACCAAAGCGGGCACUGUUGCCCUUUCCUCUUCUCUUUCACUUUCCAAUACUUUAUUUGUUCUUUCUUUAUGCAAUAAAUUGAUGUCUGUUGGUGAGGCUACUAAAAAUUGGAUGAAAUGUUGA